AUGUCCUCAGAUGAUGGCAGGAGCUCGCCAUAUGCGUUUUGGGCGUUCUAUACGCUUUACAAGAGGUUGAACGGUACAGCUGCAGCUGCCAAGGUGUCUUUUGAUGAAGUAUGUGAGAAACUGUAUCCAGAUUAUCCAGUAGAUCCAAGCUCGAAUACUUCUUUGUUCGUGACGUGGAAGAAGAAAUCCAGAGGUAGCAGUGAGUACCAUUUGCGAGGCUGCAUUGGAACGUUUGCUCAACUUCCCGUGGUCAAGGGCAUCGAAAGAUACUCUUUGAUAGCUGCGUUGCACGAUAGACGGUUCUCUCCUAUCAGUGCUGCGGAACUGAACCAUUUGAAGUGCAGCUGCAACAUCUUGCACAAUUUCGAAACGAUUUACGAUGGGAAGGGCGAUAUCUAUGAUUGGCAGGUCGGGACACAUGGCAUCGAGCUCGAGUUCAGGAAUCCGCUCACCGGGAGGACUCUAAGCUCGACAUUCUUGCCCGAGGUAAUGCCGGAGCAGGGCUGGGACCAGAGGGAGACGUUUCUAAACUUGAUUGAGAAAGCUGGGGUGUCCACCGGUGUGUGUGGUCCUGCGGCCUUACUGCAGGACUAUGAGCAUUACUUCGUCAAGGUUAUCCGGUAUGAAGGCCGGAAGAGUGCUAUUACGUUCGAGGAGUUCGAGGAGAAACUAGCGGAGCUCGAGGCGUAG